CCAGAGACUCCAACACAGCCAUGCAAGCGCAGACAUGGCGAGAAUGUCCUGCCACACGACUCAUCCUCGAAAAAGGGGAAAUAUACCCCUAGGAGAAGUGAUGCUGAGAAACUUGAAUAUAUGUUUCAUAAGCUGUCCAACAAAGUUAGGUGGACAUUCCCUGAAUUUUUAUAUCAUACAUUAUCCUUCCGUCUUUCUCGUCCACGUUCUCAUGCCCAGUAUAUCCAAUACUUCUUACGUGGCCGCGACAAAUACACGUUUGCUAUGAUACUUGACUUGGCACUUCAUCAUCCGGAUGGGCGCGUUCAGAAGGAUUCUAAUGAAUCACACUUAAUGUAUUCU